AUGGGCGGGCUCAGGGCAGCAUCGCCGUCAGGCGCAGGAUCCGGAGCCGUCGCGGGGGCGGGAUCCGAUCACGGGGCGCCGCGACUGGCGAUGGCGUGUGUGCUGGCGUCAGAGGCCGCCACGGUGCUCGCCGUCAUGCGCCGCAACGUCCGCUGGGCGGGCGUCCGCUACGGCGGCGGCGACGGCGGCGCGGGCGACGACGAGCACCUUGAUCACCCGCUCGUCGCGGGUCUCAAGGCUCUCCGCCGCCGCGCUGCCGCGUGGGGCCACGGUCGCUGGGCGGGCGUCGAGCCGCUCCUCUACCUCCGACCCUUCCUCGAUGUCGUCCGCUCCGACGAGACUGGGGCGCCCAUCACGGGCGCUGCGCUCUCGUCGUUGCACAAGAUCCUCACCCUUGACCUCGUCGGGCCCGGCGCACCAGGCGCCGCCGAGGCCAUGGCCGCCGUCGUCGACGCCGUCACGGCCUGCCGCUUUGAGGUCACCGACCCGGCGUCCGAGGAGGCCGUCCUGGCAAGGGUCCUGCAAGUGCUGCUCGCCUGCGUGCGCAGCCGUGCAGCACCGGCGCUUGCCAACCGCCACGUCUGCACGAUCGUCAACACAUGUUUCCGCGUCGUGCAGCAGGCUGGAACCAAGGGGGAGCUACUGCAGCGUGUCUCCCGCCAGACAAUGCAGGAGGUUAUACGAACUGUCUUUGCCCGCCUGCCGGACAUAGAUGUCACUGUGUUGUCCGAGGAGCAGGUUGCUGGUGGCAAGAACCAAUGUUUGGGUGCUGAGGAGACAGAGAACGGGAAGAGUGACUAUGUAUGUUUGAAUAGCUCUGGCGAUGAGGUGGGAAAUGGUUCUGGUGUUGUGCAAGACAAAGACUUGAUGGAGCCCUUUGGGGUUCCUUGUAUGGUAGAGAUAUUGCAAUUCUUGUGCUCCCUCUUGAACAUAGCAGAAGACAUUGAGGUGAACCCAAGGAUGAAUCCAAUUGACUUUGAUGAGGAUGUGCCGCUUUUUGCUCUGGGGUUGAUUAAUUCGGCUAUUGAGUUGUCGGCUUCGUCUAUACACAGACAUCAAAAACUUUUAGCAUUUGUACAGGAUGAAUUGUUCCGCAAUCUAAUGCAUUUUGGCUUGUCAAUGAGCCCCCUGAUCCUGUCGACAGUGUGCAGCAUUGUUUUUACUCUCUUUUACCAUCUGCGCCAUGAACUUAAGCUGCAAAUAGAGGCUUUCUUCUCAUGUGUUAUCCUAAGAUUAGCACAGAGUAGAUAUGGAGCAAGUUAUCAGCAGCAAGAAGUUGCCCUUGAGGCUCUAAUUGAUUUUUGCCGGCAGAAAGAGUUUAUGGCUGAGAUGUAUGCAAAUAUGGACUGUGAUUUACAGUGCUCAAAUAUUUUUGAAGAGUUAGCUAACCUUCUGUCUAAGAGCGCAUUUCCUGUGAACAGUCCUUUGUCAGCUUUAAAUGUGCUUGCUUUGGAUGGUUUGGUUGCUGUCAUUCAGGCAAUGGCACAGCGGACUGAUAAUGCACCGCAACAUCAUGAGCAAACAGUGCCAGAAAUAAGUGAAUAUUUUCCUUUCUGGCAGUUGAAGUGUGAGAGCAGUAAUGAUCCUGAUCAGUGGGUUAAAUUUGUCCACCAGCAGAAAAGCAUCAAGAGAAAGCUAAUGGUUGGUGUUGAACAUUUUAAUAGGGACAAAAAGAAGGGUUUUGAGUACCUACAAGGCGUUCAUCUUUUGCCUGAAAAACUUGAUCCACACAAUGUUGCUCUGUUCUUUAGGUACACACCUGGGUUGGACAAGAAUCUUCUUGGGGAGUACCUGGGUAAUCACGAUGAAUUCUCUAUUCAGGUCCUUCAUGAAUUUGCUAGAACCUUUGACUUCAAGGAUAUGAAUUUGGAUGCUGCCUUAAGGCUCUUCUUGGAAACUUUCCGGCUGCCUGGUGAGUCACAGAAGAUACAGAGAAUUCUUGAGGCCUUUUCUGAGCGAUAUUAUGAACAGUCACCACAAAUGUUUGUUAAUAGAGAUGCAGCUCUGGUGUUAUCAUAUUCUGUAAUCUUGCUCAAUACUGAUCAGCACAAUUUGCUGCUGUUUCUGUCGGUUUUUGAUAAUGUUGAGCAUGAAGAGGUUCUUACAGGGUGCAUUGAUGGCUUUCUGUCAGUGGCGAAAUUGGCUGCGUUCUAUCAUCUUGAUGAUGUUCUGAAUGAUCUUGUUGUGGCACUAUCUAAGUUCACCACUUUGUUGAACACUUCCUACAUUGAUGAUCCUGUAACAGCUUUCGGGGAGGAUACCAAGGCUAGAAUGGCAACAGAAGCUGUUUUCACUAUAGCAACUGCUUAUGGUGAUCACAUACACAGCGGAUGGCGGAACAUAAUAGAUUGUAUUUUAAGAUUGCAUAAGAUAGGACUUCUUCCUGGUCGCCUCACUGGUGAUACAGCUGAUGAUCAGGAAUCCUCUUCAGAGUCAUUACCCGGCAAACUUACUUCAUCUGCUCCUCAAGUUUUGCCAAUUAUCACUCCUCGGAAAACUUAUGGACUGAUGGGGAGGUUCAGCCAACUACUGUACUUAGAUGCUGAGGAACCAAGGUCCCAACCAACUGAGGAGCAACUUGCUGCUCAGAGGAAUGCUUCAAAGACUGUAAAGAAGUGCCAAAUAGGUACCAUCUUCACUGAGAGCAAAUUCUUGCAAGCUGAUUCGCUCUCAAAUUUGGCAAGAGCCCUCAUUCAGGCAGCAGGCAGACCUCAGAAAAUCACCAGCUCACUUGAUGAUGAAGGCGUAGCUGUCUUCUGCUUAGAGCUUCUAAUUAUUGUCACAUUAAACAACAGAGACAGGAUUGUUCUUUUGUGGCAGGAUGUUUUUGAGCACAUAACCCAUAUUGUCCAGUCCACGGUGAUGCCCUGCAACCUAGUGGAGAAGGCUGUUUUUGGACUCCUGCACAUCUGUCAGAGGUUGCUUCCCUAUAAGGCGAACUUGGUAGAUGAUUUGCUGAGGUCAUUGCAGCUUAUUUUAAAACUUGAUGCCCGUGUAGCUGAUGCUUACUGUGAGAACAUUACCUUGGAGGUCACACGGCUUGUCAAGGCCAAUGCAACCCAUAUCAAAUCCCAGAUGGGUUGGCGGACUAUCAUUUCCUUGCUCUGCAUCACGGCACGCCAUCCUGAUGCUUCUGAUGCAGGAUUUGAAGCCCUGGUUUUUAUCAUGUCAGAAGGAGCACACCUCUCACCUGCCCACUUCAUCCUUUCAGUGGAGGCAUCAAGGCAGUUUGCAGAAUCUCGGCUUGGGUCUGCAGAAAGAUCUAUCCAUGCUUUGAACCUAAUGGCAGACUCAGUUAACUGCCUUCUGCGAUGGUCACGAGAGGUUAGAGAAGCUGGUGGAGAGGCAGACAGAAUAUUGGAAGGAAUUGCUGAGAUGUGGCUGCGGCUAGUGCAGGCUCUACGCAAGGUGUGCGUGGAUCAAAGGGAAGAAGUGAGGAACCAUGCGUUGUUAUCGUUGCACAGAUGCUUGGUAGUUGAUGGAAUAUCAGUUAAGUCUUCAACAUGGUUGAUGGCAUUUGACAUUAUUUUCCAGUUGCUUGACGAACUGUUGGAGAUUGCUCAGAGCUACUCACCAAAGGAUUUCAGAAACAUGGAGGUGUCUCUCUUGCAUGCUGUAAAACUGUUAUGCAAGGUGUUCUUGCAGUCACUUAAAGACCUCUCAGGACAGGGCAGUUUUGAUAAGCUGUGGUUGGAGGUCCUUGACAUGAUAGAGAAGUUAAUGAAAGUCAAAGUGAGAGGGAGGAGGACUGAGAAGCUACAAGAGGCUAUCCCAGAGUUAGUCAAGAACAUACUGAUGGUGAUGAAAGCGAGUGGGAUCCUGUCAAAAACAGGUGCAAGUGAAAACAGUUUCUGGGAAGCAACAUGGCUUCAAGUUAACAAGAUUGCGCCCUCUCUACAAUCAGAAAUUUUUCCUGACAAUGAGGAUGGAAGCACAACUCAAGUUGAAGAAAACAAAUUGGAUACACAAGCGCAAUCUGACCAGAACAAUGAUCAAUAG